UGAGGCAAGAAGGAAUAAUGAAAGAUGCUUUACGUUUUUUGAAAAACAUACGGAGUGUCCCCUGAUCAAAUGGUUGAAAGCUUUACGCCAGGUUGACGAUGUCGAAUGUAGUAUGGCAAUCAACGCCAUUUUUAUUUGCUACCUACUGACUGCGCUGCUGCCUGUGAUCGCCCGCUCUCCGGAAAAUAAAACGCGCCAUGACACAUCCGCACAGCGUCGUACUCCUAUGCAUCAGGUGGCCCUGCUUUCGGAAGAAAGCGCUUCAUCUGGACUGCAGCGCAGUACCAAUAUAGUAAAUGGAGAUCUGAAAGAAGCAAUAGCGGGGUACCAGUUUUUGAACAGCGAAUACAGAUCCUCUGCUGAAAACGUAACAAACGCAGACCGAAGAAAAGAAAAGCAUGGAGAUAAGGAAAAGAAGCACAGCGCAGUGCGUAAGCUUACUCCAUACAAACAUCAAUACAGGAUCACGCAGUUUCCUUGGAGGAAUGGCAGCGUGAGUGAUAACGCAACCAUUGAAACAAAUCGCACAAAAAGCCAUGAGAAACGGGUAACCAGAUCCAACUCAAGUAAUUAUUCCAGCGUCACAGGUGCACGCAAGCUGGAGGAGAUAUCGUAUCAAUCGAAAGCAAUUACUCCAGCCCAAAAUAGAUCCAAGCAACGUGCUUUGAGCCAAAGUUCGUGGCAAAAUGCUGAAUCGGUUGUCAAGAAAUCACCUGUCACAAAGGCUUUUCGCAAAUGGAGCAGCACCGAGGAAAUCUUUUCUACGGAUUCUACGAAUCUCGAGGGCAAAGUGCCAGUGUCACGUCGAGAAGAGAGCCAUGGUGGGAAAAGUUCCAACAAAUCUGCCUAUGAAACAUCCUCGAGUCGACCUCUAAACGAUAAAAAGAACGCCUACGCAGCGUCGAAUUCAAUCAUAACCGUCACUGAAGGAGCAGCCGCGUGGCAUCCAGAGCAAAAAUUUACAAAUCAGCUCAUUCCGGCUCCACAAGAAAAUCAAAACACAAAGCAACAAGCGCGCAGUUUGGUGGGACAGGCUACAAAUGCAGCGAGCCAAAACACCGAAGAAGCUAUGUCAGUGGGGCGAUAUAGAGAACCCUUCUAUUCGUCUAAUAAAGCCACCAAAGAGGGGACAACGCAACAAGCCAUCGUUCCUGGUACAUCUCGCGCAGCGCCAUCUCGGGGAAUUGUGCGACAAAAUAGAAAGACUCCAGCGUGUUCUCAGGCCGUUACACAGCAUAAUAUGCGCCGUCAAACUAAAUCCGCAAAAGAAAAUUCAAUCACAAGAAAUACCUCCAUUCAAACGACACCUCGAAUGGCGCCCUUCGGAACGAAGCCAGGAGUUUGGCCAACGCUGACAGCAUCGAGCCAAAGAACACCUGUGGUGACUUCAUUAUUAUCGACCCAAGCAAGAUUUCAUGUAAGCACUCCGUUCGCUGCUCUUCCAAAUGCAACACGCUCACAAAUAGCAUUCGCACCAAUGUCGAAACAACCAAAAAUUAUAAGCACCACCAGUGGUAACCAGCCGUACGCCUUACGCCCUGCCGAUGAAAAGCAUGUGUUCCAGCUCGGAAGAACACCACGGAGCUCAACGCUGCCCACUAGUUUUGUACCAGCGAAGGAUAUAAAACUACUUCCAGAUAGCAAAGUUAUUAUUGACAAAACAGAACCAAGUACGCCAAUUCUAGCAACAAAUGGAGCAAUUUCGCAAGUUACAAUGCAGCGAAAACUAGUUUCCGUUUCAGACCCAAGACCAGAAACAAAUCAAGCGCGGGAAACACCGCCGUUUCCAUUGGCUCCCCAAAUGCAUAUAACCAAAGUACUACAUGCACUGCCUCUUGGCAGGACAUCAGCCGAGCCAGCUUUUGCAUCAGUACCAGACCAAUCAACGCAACUAGGAAGACCUGAUGGCAAUAUGCCACCUGCAGUGACACCGGCGCUUCAAGUCAGAAGCCAGCAGACGACAUCUCCAUCCCGGUUCACUCACAACACAUUCAUAAUGGCGUCUUCAAUCCCAAUGGCGGAAAGCCCGCUGUCCGUUACAGCAUCAGGAACAGGCAAUGCGCGUGCGAUGCCUCCGUUCACUGGAAAAACAGGGGCCCGGCAAAGUUAUGUGAAGAGUUUUGUCCUACAAGCGGCACCACGAGUAAAUAUGGGGUAUGGAUCAGUGCUGCAAGAACGCCCACCAGUAGAAAGCAGCGCCGCUGUUACGCAGCCAUAUGCAGUUCGCCCUGUAGAACAAAAGCAAAUAAUCUAUACAAGAACUAUACCACAGAUGACGUCCGCGUCUGCGAGUACGCUACAAGCGAUAAAAGCCAAAAUGCAGGCCACGCCGAUUCUGAACCCAGCUGGGAAUUCCCAAGUACUACUCAAGCAGCCCACAAAUCCAUCUUCGGCUAUGACCGUUCCUGGUGAAAGACCGCGAAAAGAUCCCGCUCGUACAGCACUGCCGUUACCAUGGUCGAUUCAAACUCAAAAAGGAGAAAUAGCCUAUGCAGUGCCUCGUGGUAAGCCUCUCAAAGCGCCAAGUUUUGGAGAAAUUCCAGAGAGUUUACCGCAUUCCACAAGACGUAAAGCUAAUAUGGAACGCGCAUUGCCUAAGACAGCAGACAACGGAAAACGGAAACGGAAAACGGAAAACGGAAGAGGCAACAAUCUCGCCAUUGGGAACGAUGCUGGAGACGCAAGAGAGUGCCGCAAGUACCAGAGUGGUGAAGAGCCAACAAAUGCUUCCUGCUAG